UCGUUCGGUUUCUCCGUUUAAUGUAAAAUUACAAAUAAAUUUCUAUAAAAUAUACAUUCUUACUUAUCUUUAUGAUACACUACAAUGCAAAUAUUUUCAACAAAUUAAAUGUGUGCGUUUAUUGUGUCAUAGUUUGGGAACAAUAUGCCGGGUCUGAUAGCACUCGUUAUUGUGGGAGUCACAUUAUAGUUUAUGUUUUUAAGAAAAAAACGUAUAUUUUAUAGUGCUUUAAAGUGCCGUGAAUAAUCCUAAUCUCGGUGUUUGGUGUGAAGUGAAAAUUUGUGCUAUAUUUAGCUAAUUAAAAUGGGCAUCAUUAAAAUUAAAUAAUUUGUUCUACAAUAUUACAAAUUAAAAACAAAUCCAAAAAUAGAUAAUUAAAUAAUUAAUAUUCCAUUGGGGUUUGUGAUUUUUAAAAUAGAAUUAGCGGUUCACGACUUUAUUAGUGAAAUGUGUAACAGGAAAUAAUUGUUAUUGAUAGUGCACCAGUGAGCAAGUGAAUUGCGGAGGACGAGGCCAAUUAUUGAUAUUUGACCCUUGAUUUGAAGUUGGAAAAUGAGGCGAAAGCCAACUUUUCCAGACUCCUUAACUGAUCUUCACCGAUUCAGAAAAACCGCCCAUGGUCACGAUGGAUCUAGUCGAAUCAUUAUGGUUCGGAAAACUGAUCAGCGGACGUUUGCCUCCUUGAACGAUGGCGAAGAACCUACUUUAAAUACCGUAACCAGAGAGACAGUAGAAACAUUCCGAGGGCAGAGAUCCGAAUGCAAGGUAACAACCGAGAAGAAGGAUUUUGGAGAAAAAUGUCCGCCAGAGAUUGUGGAAGCUUUAGCAGAAAAAGCCAGUCAAACGCCAAAGAAAACUCCCGUUAGAAAAUCUUCAAAUCCAAAAAGCGAUUUUCAACUCGAAUGCCUACGAGCCCACAAUGCAUAUCGAAAAUCUCAUGGGGUUCCGCCUUUGAAACUCGACAAGGAAAUUUGUAAAUUUAGUCAGCAAUGGGCUGAUCAUUUAGUAAGACGAGGUGCCUUAGUACAUAGCAAUAAUCGAGACUACGGAGAAAAUAUUUUUAUGAUGCAGUCAUCAAAUCCCAACUUUACUGUGUCUGGGAAUGAAGCUGUUGACAGUUGGUAUGAUGAAAUCAAGUUUCACAAAUUUGGAGAGGAACCAAAGAGCCUGAGCUCCGGCCAUUUUACUCAAGUAAUCUGGAAGGAUUCCACACAACUUGGAGUGGCAUUUGCUAAGCACAAAGAUACAGUUAUCGUGGUGGCCAAUUACUAUCCGCCCGGAAAUAUUAUCGGUAGUUUUUCUAAAAAUGUUCCACCUCCUGAAGAACUUUUACCAAGCCAUAAUAACAAUAACACCAUAGAACUUUCAGGUAUAAAAUUCAAAGUUUAUUUUUCUUUUAAUUAUUGUUUUGUAUAUUUUAUAGCCCCAUUAAGUAAAUUAUCAAUUACAUCAAGAAGCUCCAGCAAAGAUCUUCGAUCAGUAACUGAAGGAAGUUUCAAUGAAGUUUUCCUAGAGGCCCAUAAUAAUUAUCGCAAAAUGCAUGGAGUUGCGCCAUUACAACUGGAUAAAAGUCUCUGUAGGUAUGCGGAGGAAUGGGCUAAGCAUCUUGCUUCAAAGAACAUCUUGGAACAUCGUCCAGAGAGUAAUUAUGGAGAAAAUAUUUAUUGCUUAUAUACUUCGGAUCCAAGUUUUAAGAUUAAUGGAAAUACUCCAGUGGACACAUGGUAUGAGGAAAUAAAAAACCAUCCUUUUGGUCGCGAGCCAAGUAACUUAAAAUCUGGCCACUUUAGCCAAGUUAUUUGGAAAUCAAGUGAAACUUUAGGAGUAGGAGUAGCCAAAUCAACACAAGGUAGUAUAUAUGUUGUAGCCAACUACUUUCCCGCCGGAAACUUUAUUGGACACUAUGUGGAAAACUGUCCACCGGUCAAGCCUAAAUUCUAUAAAAACAUAUCUGAUAGGCCUGAGGUAGAUGAUUCGACUGAUGGUUUAGGAGAGAACAGGAAGACUGAUGUGGAAGAUUUGGCAGACGAGUUUGCCCGGGAAGCGCUAAAGGUUCACAACGAAUAUAGGAGAAAGCAUGGAGUUCCAGAUAUAAAACUUAGCAGAGAGAUCUGUAGUUUUGCCCAAGAUUGGGCGGAAACAUGUGCACGCACAGCUAGUCUACAACAUAGAGCAAACAAUCCAUAUGGAGAAAAUAUAUUUUCCAUGUAUUCGUCUGACUAUAGCCACGUUCCGACAGCUCGUGAUGCAGUAAAAGAAUGGUAUGAUGAAAUAAAGAAAUACACGUUUGGAGUUGAAAGGGUUCCUCAGGGUAGCCUGCAUUUUACCCAAGUUAUCUGGAAAGCAUCUACUACCUUGGGAGUAGGAAUCGCAAAAAACAAAAAAGGUCAAACAUAUGUGGUUUGCAACUAUCAUCCAAAAGGCAAUUUUAUCGGUCAAUUUUCUGAAAAUGUACCCAAACCCAGACCUUGACGACUCACAAGGAAACCGAAACGUCACGUUACAUUUUCACUUCUGCCAAGUUCCACACUUUAAGAAGCCUUACUUAUGCUAAUCUAAUUAAUACUGAAAGACUUAUCCGAAUUUAAACAUUCCGUUCUUGAUUAUAUAGAAGAUGCUGUGGUGUUUUUAAUAUCUGUAGGCUUAGGAUAACAUUUACUUUUAAAGUUUUAUUGAACUUCAUUGCUCAUUUAUUAUAAAAAAGCACCAACAUUUACAUUACGCACACAUUCAUAAAUAUGCUGAUGGGUUUUUUAAAAAUUAUGCAGGUUAUGCUAGCAUGUUAGGUUUCAUUUUGAUUUCUUAAAGGGCUUUUCAAUUUUUUUUUUAAGACAUUUUAAUUAGAUAAUUUUUUUUAUUACCGCUCGAAGUUGAGUUCACUGAAAGCUGGCUGUUCAUAGUUCACAAGUUAAGGUAAUGUAGAAAUUUAAAAGAUUUAAAAUAAUUUAAUUCGUGUAGUUUCAAUGGUUUUGUUUCUAUCAGCUUAUCGAUUUUAACGAUUUGUUUAUAUUUUUUAAUUGAUGACUUCGAACACAAGUUAUCCAUAGAGCCAAAUGCCAGAUCCAGGUCAAUUUUUUUAGAUCUGUUCAAAUUAAAGAUUAAUAUUAUAAUGUAGAUACAAUUAAUAAUAAAUUUAAAACUAAAGGGAGUAAUUAACAAUUUAAAAAAAUUAAGUCUUAAAAAAUAUAUAUUAAUCACAUGAAAUAAAGAGUAAUAUGUAAAAAUAUCUUUGUUUGAUGGCAUAUUCAAGAUUUUAUAGAAUAUUAAAAAAGGACCGGUAUUUUUAUAUAGGAUCAUUUACAUAAAGAACAAAUCAGCAUGUUCUUAGAAGUAAGAAAACUGAUUUAGUAUCACACGAAAUUACAAAAACAUGAACUUCUCACUUGUCUAAUAUCCAAUACUGAAAAAAGGAAUCAGCCUAAAAGAGAAUCUAUCAGAGGUAACUUCCUCGUAUUUUUUUUGGGUUAGACUAGAUGUUACCUCAAUCAAACACUUCGGGAGAUUCUUUGCAGAUUGAGAUAUUUUGAGUGGUUCGAAAAGCAGCAAUAAUACACCCGAAUCAACUUUGAGUACCGAAUGAGAAUAUUACUAUAUUAGAAGCUUCGAUAAGACCUUCACAUUAAAUACACAUAAAAUAUACAGGACGAUUACCAGAGACAUGCGGCCAUUUUCUAUCGAUAAUUGAAGACCCUAGACUUUGCGCACGCGCCUCUACGUCACCCUGACAUCUUGUCACAUUUUUGUUUGCGCCUUGUGGCGUUUUAAAUAAUGUAGCAACACAACACCACCCUUCUUAGAUAAUCAUCGAGCGACUCGACCUGUGCAAGAAGAUUUAAAUAAUGCUCACCGAUAAUUGAUAAUUUUGAAUUUACAAGUUCCCUCUCGAUUACAAAGUUAUGUAACAAUAUCUAAUCAAGAGUGAACAAUAAAUGGGUACCUAAAGUAAACAUCUAUAAAUGUCUAUAAGCUUAUUAAUAGAAAAACAGAGCUUUAAAUUUUGGUGGUCGGCUAUUUAUUGAAAAAAAUAGGUGGUGAUUCAUCAGAAUCACUUAAAAUAUCAUUACAAUCCAAAAAAUGUACAUUUUUGGGGCACAUACGUGACAGAUGUCCCCGCUUUUUACAUUUGUUAUAGGUAUAGGACUUAUACUUACAAUAUUUAAGGUUAUGAUUUAUGUUACCGCAAGCAUUGCACGUGUCUGAUGCCUUAGGUGUUGGUUUGGCUCUGUUCCCCUCUGCGGCUGAGCGACCUUUACCCCUAUUGUAGAGAAUGUUUGGAACUGGAUUUCACUGAUUUCACUCAAAUUGUAUCAGAGUAACAUUAGAAGCCUGCCUGAAAGGUUGCAGCCAGUAGUGGAGAGGUAGGGCAACUGGACAAACUACUAGACAUUUUAUGCCAUAUCCAGUUUGAUUUUUUUUUCAUAUUUUUUUAAAUCGAUACUUCAAAGCACAGAUGUGCUAUGUCCAGGCGUCUGGCCCCUUCCAUGCUCUUUUAGUGCCCUCGCCUGACGUUCCUUUUCUCUUCGUAGGGUAUCUCGUAAUCUCAUUCACCUGCCUUUGUGUUCAACGACAUCCCUCUUAGCUUCCUCCUUCUGCCACCUAAAAUAGUGUCUCCAUGGGCCGUGGCGAAGACCGGUGGCAAACUUCUCUCUGAGGAUUCUUGUUAGGCUGUUCACAAAGUCAAUACUUAGACUUUUCCCUCUGGCAUACCAUUCGGCAAUUGAUUCGUCCUCCUUCUGUAUGGAGUUAUAGAAUUUGUGUCUUUAUCUUUAGAUAUUCAAUUGUGGGGAAAACGGUUGGGAUAGGUGCUUGAUCAAAUCUGAAAAUCUUUUUGAUUUAGGAAAAUCAGGGUGACAAAGGUUACGGAGUAAUUUGUAGCAUUCUACCCCAAUAACGCUUAGUAACGUGGUGACUUUAAUCUUCUCAUCGUCGAUUAAAUUAGCAACAGAAUACUGCUUCAGUUGUUCAUUAGAAAUAGUCCAGUCCUGAUAAUCAGGGUUAAAUUCCUUGGGCGUUCCUGCCAUUAUUACUAGAGAAAAAUAGAUUACUUGACGAUUUAAGAAUGUGAGCCCUCUUUGUCCUUCUAGGUUAUGUCGACAACGUGUUGGAAAAGUAUGGGAAAAUUGCAAGGAAAAUUGUUUCGUGCCUAAUAUAGGAAAUAAACAAUAGGAUGCCUUCUUAUACUAUAUUUACAUCCUUCCCACUUGCCGAGCCUCGUGCUUCUGGUAGCCUAGCACCCCUUCGAUCUAACGUCCUUUAUCCUCGUCGCCAUUUGUGAUGUUCUGAGUGGUUCGGGAAGCAGCAAUAAUACACCGGAAUCAACUUUGAGUACCAUUUAAUAAGAAUAUUGCUAUACCAGAAGUUUCGAUAAGACUUUUACAUUUAAAAAUACAUAAAAUAUACAGGACGAUUACCAGCGACAUUCAGCCAUUUUCUAUCGAUAAUUAAAGACCCUCAUCUUUGCGCACACGCCUCUAUGUCACCCUGACAUCUUACUACAUUUCCGUUUCCACCUUGUAGUGGGCAUUUUAAAUAAUGUAGCAACACAACACAGGUAAGGAGGUACUUUUUCUCCUUAAUCUACUAUGUACAUAUUAUCUUAAUAGUUAAUCUAUCAGAUAACUACCUCAUCUGUUACAUCUAUGUAAAUGAUCUGAAAUUCAUGUUCCAGAUAUUUUAACUAUUCAUAUGAACAAAUUCUUAUGAUUAAAUAUAAUUUUAUUAGUAAACAACUGGAUCUAAUUAGAAAGUUUAGAAAGUAAUAAAAGUAGGAAUAAGAAUAGUCUAAAAAGAAGUCUAUAAAGGAAAUCUGAAGAUUAAUGAUUUUUUACGUACCGAAAAUAAUCGCAUAGGCAUGACAUAAGCCACACAGAUUAAAAUCUGUGAGGAUUAAAUUCGGAAUACAUAAAUAGGAAUAAAUAAAAAAAACCCUGGAUUUCCUGCAGAAGUCUUUAAUAUAAAAGAUAACCAUUUGAAAAUAAAAGUCAAAACCGGAUCUUACGAAAACUCCUUCUUAUCGAUCUUACGAAGUCUCUUGAAUAUAACUCCUAUAGUAACAAUAACGAAAAAGAUUUAUCAAAAUAAACGUUUGUUUAAACAAAGUGGAUACCAAAUUGAUAAUAGAUACUAGGUUUACAGAGAAGCAAUGGCUUAAACUAUUAAAUUAUCGUAGUACAGAAAUGUGAGUUAGCACAUAAUUAUGAAUGUUUUUUUAUAUUUGUAGGUGACUAGGCAUUUUGCCUAAUAAAGCCUAUGAGAAUAAAAGCUAUCUAUCUCUCAAAAUGACAAAGUAAAAAAUAUUAAGUAUAUUUCAAAUACACUCACAGUAAUAUUCUACCAGUCUAAAAAGAAGUCUAGCAAAGGCAACUCCUAUGUUGAUACAAUAUUAACAAUAAUACCAAAUAAUUUUGUGAGUGUAGUACAACUAAGAACACUAGGGUAAUAUUGAACAAACCAGAAAUGAAUUUAAUUUUUAGUUUUUUUUUCAAUUUUUGAAAAAUGCCUGGACAGAGAAAAGAAACUAGACCUAGAGUAUUGUUUGAUUGAUUAGGAUAAAGCGUACAUUGCAGUCCUUACUAUUAGUUGUUGAAUGUAUAGACUUAUACAAAAUUUCGCUUUUGUAUAUUUCUAUACAUAAACCUGCGUUGAUCGCAUUAACUUUUACAAGAGACAAGCUUAAAAAAAUGGUUUAAACUAGCAUUAAUAAAAUCUUAUAUAAAGAUUUUUGAAGAGCUGUGAUGUUCUAGUAGCGUUUGAAAAACUAAAAUUAGACUAUCUGGUCUGCUGAUUACAUUAAAAAUAUGACUAUUUUUACUUAAAUAUAUACAAGAGCAAAUCUGUUUAUUUUAUAAAGAUAUAAAAGAAAAAAUGUUAGUUCUUAAUAAGAAUGUUAGGAAGCUCAAUUUAUCCUGGAUAUCAAGGUAGGGGAUAACCCUGCAUUAAAAUAUCCUAGUCUCGUGGCAAGAUCUAGAGCCUUAAAGAAGAGGGAUGUAAAAUUGUAUAAACGGUGUGAUUCUGAUAGAAUUAUUACUUAUAAUAUAUUAAUAAACUAUAUUGAAUAUGAAAUUUUAGUAAGCCAAAGAAUCAAAUAAGGGUGAUAAAAUCAGAUUCUCUAUUGCAUUUUUGUGAACAUAUAAGCGUUAAUAAACGUAAAAGGGAAUAAUACUUAUUCAAAUUGAACUCGCGGACUGCGUUUAUAACAGAACUAAAAAUUGAACAGUUUUCAUCAGCCAGAGUUCUUAUAUUAUAAAGCGUAGUUUUUCUUUUUAAGGAUUUAUUCUUACAUCUAUUUAUCAUUUGCAGGACAAAUGAGACAUAGUACAUUUGGCUAGCCUAACCUGCUAAUUUUUAACAUAAAAUAUUUCCAUAACACAUAUCAAAUUUAUUACAUUCCGCCCACUACAUCAGUUAUCACUAAUUUAAUAUAACUGAAAACCAAUGGUAGAUAACCUAAGAGCCAUUUUUUAGAAACGGCCUUGUAAAUUUAAUUACAUAAUAUGUUUUUUACACGCAGUAUUUUUGAAAAAAAAAGUCUUCCUUAACAUACCUGUAAAAUAAAUAUUAAUAUCUAUUUGAUUAUGAUAUAUGUAGGACAAUAUAUAUAUUGAAUAAAUAAAUAUAAUAUACUUUUACUAACAAUUAUAAUUUAAAAUAUCAGAUCAUAUGAUUUACAUGGAAGCCAAAGAUAAUAUUCAUAAAAGCUAAAAGCGUCUUAUGUUUUUUAAUUUUGAGAUAAUUUGAUGAAAAUUUUCUACAAUUUUCAUUAAAAGAUUUUAGUUAU